AGGGUGGUGAAGUGAAUGCAGAUGAAAUUAGUAAAAUUAUCUGUGAACGCAUUGAGCAAUAUAAUGUUCUGUUUUGUAUUACUUCUAAAUUUACCAAAAACGAGGGGGAAUGGGACUUUGUACACAAGGUCAUAAGUUGGUGGCUUCCCAUGGAAAUAGACUACUUGACCUAUACGUUGGAACUUGGAACAGAUGAGACGGAUCAAUAGUUUAUAAGAUAAGGGCAUUUUUGUUGUCUCUUUUCUAUAUUUUGCAAUCUGUAUACAUUUAUGUUUUAUGCUACUUCUAUAUUCUUAUUUCCAUUGGUCUCACUGCAAAAGGAUGUUGAUUUUGAAUCUCCGAAAGCUAAAAAACAAGUUCGUGGUUCUACAUCUACGAAAAUAUCUCAUGCCGCAGAAGUCCAUAAUCUCUCAGAGAGGAGGCGUCGAGAUAGAAUUAAUGAGAAGAUGAAAGCUUUGCAAGAACUUAUACCUCCGUGCAGCAAGUCUGGCAAAGCUUUAAUGCUGGAUGAACCAAUUGAGUACUUGAAGUCACUGCAAUUACAAGUGUAGGUAAACCUUUU